AUGGAUAGUCUUACUAUUUGUGCACAAUAUCAAAUUUUCGCGCAAAAUUCAAAAUUAAGUCAGUCGCUCACUCAUAACGAAACCCAUGAACUUUGGUUGUUAAGUUUAACAACAUUUGAAUCCACAGCUAAGUUCGACAGAUUGACCAUUGUUGAUGAAUGUGAGCCGCUCACUGUGGACGACAAGCGAAAAAUCUGGCGUAACAAUAAACGAAUUCAGGAUCGUCCUGCUCAUCUAAAACAGGCAACACAUGAGCAAAUUACGCAGUUGGUAAUACUCAAUGAAAUCUAUGAGACUUUAUCGGCGAUAACCGAAGAAAUCAGAGAAGUUGAAAGAAAUAAAGAUGUCGAAGACGACUGGAAAUUUGCCGCCAUGGUUGUAGAUCGUCUGUGCCUUUUCUUCUUCUCAUUUUUCAUUCUAUUCUCAAUCUUCGGUUGUUUUUCAUCUGUGCCCUAUCUCGGCUUUAGUAUAUGA